UAUACUGUAGCGGCCAGCACUGGGAGACCAGCAGAGGACAUCCAGUGGAGGAAGUCUCCAGGACACACACAGUCUAGUUCAUCACCGGGGAUCACCAAAGGAACGCGCGGCGCGUGCAGGAGAUGAGCAGUCCCGAUGCGGGUUACGCCAGUGACGACCCGAGCCUGACCCGAGCCAGACCCGAGCCGGACCCGAGCCUGAGCCGAGGCACCAGUUCAGUCAUGAUGCCCGUCGCGCGACAGUGCGCGUGGCCGGAGGUAGACGCGCUUCACGCGCUCUCAGACGCCAAAGCGAAGCGCGAGACUCCCGCGCGCGGAAAGAGCGAGGCGCGCGUCCGCAGGCCGAUGAACGCGUUCAUGGUUUGGGCGAAAGAUGAGAGAAAGAGGCUCGCGCUGAAGAACCCGGAUCUGCACAACGCAGAGCUCAGCAAAAUACUCGGCAAGUCCUGGAAGUCGCUGGCGCUGUCGGAGAAGCGGCCGUUCGUGGAGGAGGCCGAACGCCUGCGAGCGAAACACAUGCAGGAUCAUCCCAACUACAAGUACCGACCCCGGCGCCGCAAACCGGCCAAGCGAGCCAAGCGUCUGGACUCGGCGUUCCUGCGGCCCGCUCCGGACGACUUCCCCGCGUACUUCCAGAACCAAGCCUUCGAGACCUUCAGCGCCACUCCGGCGGGAUUCAGCAGCGCACACCAGUCCUCGUGCAGAUACACACACUUCCAGGAGCACGCCGACACACACACCGCCUACACACACACCGAUCCGCAGCUCGGCCUGAUGAGCGACGCACAGCUUUACGACGAGAGCCUGUGUGUGUAUGACUCUCCGGGGCCGAUGAUGGACGAGUGUGUGGUGUACGGGGGCCCUCAUGUCCCUCAAGGGCCCGAUCUGAUCUCCGCCGCUCUGUCUGACGCCAGCAACGCUGUGUAUUAUUACACUCAUUCCUGAACAACUCAAUCCAACUUGGUGAAUUAUUUCUAGCUUUCGAUCGAUGAAAUGUAAAGAGAAUCCAGAGGCCCUUCAAUGGUUUUCACAGUAAUUUUGAGAAUCUGAACCCAUUAAUAUCAGCAUUAAAGUUUGUUCAUUUCCAGAGGCUGUUUAUCAUCUUAAAGUUCCUGUAGUCGAUCAUUUUAUCACCAAAAUUACAUAUUUAAACGUUUUUUUUUUCUAUUUAAAUAUCUUGACUGUAGCUCGACACCUCAUUUAGUAUUCGCGGUUCUAUGAAUAUGCAAAUGAGCCCCGCCUCCAUUUACUCACUCACUCAGAGAGCCACUCAGUGUAAUUCCACAUAGAGAUGAAAUUUCAAUUGUUUACACAUUUUUUUUUAAUUCAAACUCAUUAAAAUGGCAUAAUCAAUCGAAAAUAUGAACUAAUGUGGAAUUGUCAAGUCGAUCAUUUUAUCACCAAAAUUACGUAUUUAAACGUUUUUUUUUUUCUAUUUAAAUAUCUUGACUGUAGCUCGACACCUCAUUUAGUAUUCGCGGCUCUAUGAAUAUGCAAAUGAGCCCCGCCUCCAUUCACUCACUCACUCAGUGUAAUUCCCCAUAGAGACGAAAUUCCAAUUGUUUACACAUUUUUUAAAUUAAAACUCAUUAAAAUGGCAUAAUUAAUCGAAAAU